CCUCACCUCACAGUCUCUGCUCUUCUCUUCGGUGCACGCAGCUUCUCUCAGCGCGCUUCAAGGCGCCCGUCGCCAGCAUGAACGCCUAUCCGCCCGACCUGCUCGUGCACCACUACCCACUUCUCCUGCUCUCGGGGCUCGUCGCGCCGGCCGCAAGUGCAGUCGACAGUGCCGCAUCAUCCUCAGCAGCUGCAGCAGCACCGCUCAUCGAUGCCAGCACGGCAUUCCCGACGCUGGCAGCCGAUCUGCGGGCGCUCGUCGCCGCCCGCGGCCGUGACUCGCCGUGGGACCCGGCGCGCGGGCGCAGCGCCGCCUUUCGCUCCGUGCUCGUCGACUCGGCGCACCGGCUACCACCUCGCAAGUCUCAUCCGCUGCCGCGAGGUGUGCCGCCGCCUGCGAGCAUCCCUGCUAUCGCACCGAUCGGCCCGCCGCAGGAUGCCGAGAGCGCAGCGGCGGUGCUCGCGAGCCUGCCGCCGCGCUCGGCGCUCAGCCCGACGCACCCCGCCUCGCCGCUGUGGCCCGACGGCCUCAUCGCGCCCGUCUGGGUGCGCCGCCAUCGCGAGCAGGUCGGUGCCGUCUGGGUGGCCGUGCAUGUGCUGCCGACGCGUGCAGCGCUUGCAGCUGGCAGGGGCGAAGCAGUGGCAGACGUGCCCGCCGGUCAGAGCGAGGAGCAGGAGCAGGCAGAGGCCGAGCAGCUCCGCGAGGCAGACGAGGCGCUCAUCAAGUCCAUCGCCGAGCGCAAGCGCGCCAUGGCGGAGCGCGGCAUCAAGCUGACAGUCGUGCUGCUGACGGAGCGGGAGAUGCUUGAGUCGCCAAGUCUCGAGCCGCGCCUGUCUCACAUCCGUCGCUCCUCAACUCUCGAUGCAAAGGCGUCGCUCUUCGUCCUGACGCCAGUGCCGCGUUCUGAUCUCUCAGCCUUCCUGACCUCGCUGCAUACGGCGCUGUACCCCUCGGCCAUCGACUACUACGCCGAGCACUCGCGCCGGCUGCGGCGCCGCCGCUCGCGCUAUCCGCCUUCCGUCUCGUCGGUGUCCGAGGCGCUGAACGCCCUUGGCCGCGGCCUCCAGCCGCCAGGCCUCUCGCGCGACGGCUGGAAUGCGCGAGCCGAGUACAAGCUCGGCACGUUUGCUGAGUUCGGCGGCGAUGCUGCUGCGGCGCUGUCCCACUACGGCGCCGCCUACGCUGGUAUCAUUGAGCUAUUGCGUAGCACCGCUGCCUUGCCGCCGCGCACCAAGCGCUGGGCUGAGGCCAAGGUGCUCAGCGACGCGCUCAGCCUGCGCAUGACGCGCCUGCACCUGUACGAGGUGCGCGCAGACGAGGCCGUGGCGCAAUUCAGCGCGCACCUCACCACCGUCGAGGACCUGUGCAAGGGCUGGGGCAUGGGUCCGGAGAGCGCAGAGUGGUGGUCGUGGGCCGGCAAGCAGUACCGUCUGCUGGGUGACCUCGCCGACCUGUCGAUGCGCCAAACGCCCUUGCCGCUGCUGCCUAUUCUCAUUCCGCCGAUGCCCGCCAACCUCCUCUCUCCGCCUUCGCACAUCCCGACGGCCCAGUCGCGCGGGCCCGCAGGCUUCUGGUACGCCGCCGGCCUCUGCGCCGUCGAGCGGCGCGUGCGCUACCGGCAGAUGCUCGACAAGGAGGAGAAGUCGGCCAGCGCCAACCCUGCGGGUGCACAGAGCUCGAGCUGGAGCAUGCUGGAGCACGAGCGCAAGGUCGACCACGCCGGUCUCAUCGCAGAGGCCUUCACACGUGCAGACGACCUGGCCAAGCGCGCAGGCCAGCCGCUGACGGCACCGGCGCUCGCCAGCUUGAUCGCGAACGCGCAUCUGGACGGCGGGCAUCACAAUUCGGCGCUGCGCUACUUGCAGGGUGUCGUGCAGGCAUAUCCGGCCGUGCACCAGCCGCAGAUUCUCGACGUGCUGCUGCUGCUCGUGCGAACCGCUCAAGCCGCGCAGGAUGUCGAGGCGGAGCUGCGCGGCCUGCUGGCCGUGCUUCAUCCGAAGAUGCCGCUCAGUCAGGACCAACGCAGCGAGGCGCAGGAGGCUCUCAGCGCGUUGCUUUCCGAGAAGCAGCUUCCUGACGGCGCCGAGCCCGUGCGGAUCGAGGCAGGCGCUACCGAUGGGCUCCUCGUGUUCGAGGCCGCCUUUCUCGACAAGCAGGUCCAUCUGGGCCAGCGUGCACCAUUUCAGGUCCGCCUGCACGCUCCGCGUGGCACUGCCCUCGGCAAAGUAUCGUUCGAAAAGCUGCGCAUCUUCCGCGACGAGGACAGCGCCCCCAUCGUCGUCACGCAUAAGCAAAGCGAUGGCGACGCGCAGUCCGAGCUGGUCCAGCUGGCGGACCUCGGAAGCGACGCCGCCGAACCGACCUCAGCCGCUGUGACGGCCGACUUGCGGUGGUCUCCCGGCUGUGUCAAGGUCUUUCAAGGCAGCAUCACGAGCGACACCGCUCGUUUAGUGCGCUUGUCUCGGGUCGAGCUGCGGGCCGGCGGCACGCGUGUCCCUCUGCAGCUCGUGUUCACCAUCCCGCCUGCUCCAUGGUACGCCGAGCCAGUGCAGGCCCGCUGGUUCUCCUUCGCCUCGGGUGCGGCCCGGCAUGUCUACUUGCCGCACGUCACCAGCCCGAAUGCGGUCACGUUCCGGCGAAGACCGCACCAGCUCGAGACGACAAAGACACACGGCGGUGUCGCGUACCUCGACGACAGCACGGCCAUCACGUUCACCGUGCAGAACAACGACAACGAGCCGCUGCGCGUCACGCUGGACGCCAGCGCGCUCCUCUCCGACGCAGCCUCACGCGCGGUGUUGAUCCACAGCUCGCGCGCGGAUGACACGGGCACAAGUGCGGCGGAGCUCUCCUUGGCUCUCGGCAUCGUUGAGCCAGGUGCGAGCAAGAGCGAGACGUUCUACCUGCGCUGCACCGGUGCUGCAGGGCCGCGCGUGAUCGAGGUCAUGCUUCGCAGUCGUCCAUCAGACGCACCUGACGCCGCCCCAGCUCCCGAAGACGGUAGCAGCGCCGAGGCCGAUCCCCUCGUGCAAGAGCAUCAGCACACGUUGGCGCUCGAGGCACGCCCGAUGUUUGCCGGCAGUCAUACGGCCACCUGGCGCCCUCCGCGGUCGUCCGCGCCUGAGGUGCCUCGGCCAGCACCACGCUCUGGCCAUCUACUGAACCCGAGCGACGACUCCGCUAGCGAGGGCGGCGACUCGUUCGGCAUCCACACCGACGCGGCGCCCGCCAGCACUGUCGCCGACCUCUCGUCGUGCAUCCAGAUCGUGGGCGACGACGCGGUGACCAUACAGGCGGUCACGCUGGCUCUGGACCCGGCAAGCACGCAUCUGCGUCUGGAGGGUGCCGGCGCGCCCGAGGAGCAGGACGCCUUUGCCGGCACUUGGACAAACGGCGACCGAUGGGGAGGGCUGUACGAGAUUGAGGUGCUCUCCGGCAGCGAUCUCGGCGCGUCGCCCGAAGCGCCGGACGGCACCGUCAAGCCGACCGGUGCCCUGCAGGUGACGUGGCGGCGGGCCCAAGCGGAGGAGGGCAGCAAGUCGAACGUCACCAGCCUCGCGCUGCCCGUGCUGCUGCCGCCGCACCUCAACACACGCCUGCUGAUCGCCGCGCCACCGAAUGUGAUCGUCGACCAGCCGUUCGUCGCGCUGCUCACCGUCGUCAACCCGCACUCGACGCUCACGGCCGACGUCUACGUCGGCAUGGAUCCGUCGGACUACUUUGUGCUCGCGGGGCCGCGCACCUUCAACAUCCCGUCGCUGGUGCCGCGCUCGACGCGCUCGGUGCCGCUGCGCAUGGUGGCGCGCGCCGAGGGACAGCUGCGCAUGCCCCGCGUGCGCGCCUGGGACCGGCGACAGCGCUUCCUCGCUCGCGACACUGCCGCACCUGCGCCCGCCACAGACGGCGAGGAGGAUGAGAACGAGUAUGGCGCGCCGCACGCCGGCCGGCCCGCGAGCGUCAUCAACGAGCGCGUCGGGCUCGGCAUCCCGCUGUCCGUGCGCUGGAAGUUCAGCGGAGCUCAUCUCUCCGACGAGGGCGCACCGGUCGAUGGACAGGCGCCGGUCAUCAAUGUCGCGGCCAGGCCGCAGCAGUAGGCUUCAAUGGGAUGACAUUGGCGCAGCGGAAUGCCGUGCUUCCCUACAUCAACAGACAUCCCGCCUGGGUGCCGGCUCAAGAGCCUCCGAGUGUCUUCUCGUAGCCCUUGAGGUACUGGCGGAGCUUGGUGUUGAUCUGAGGGCGGCGUCAGAUCUGAGCUGAAAGCCAGAGGCGCUGGCGCUCGCUCACCGAGGGAUUGCCGCGCUUGCCCUUGAGGCCGGACUUUUCAUGCAGAGCCGGCACCAUGGUGAGCGCAGUCUCGAAGACAGCACGGAGCAACGCCAGCUCCUCCUCUGUCGAGGCAAAGGAUUCAGCCCUGACCAGCUGCGUGAGUCGAGUUCAAGAGCAGCGACCUCACCCUUCGUCCAGUCCUUCUUCUCGCGCGGCGCACCGGCGGCGGCCUUCGGCUUCUUUGUGUCCUUGAACUCGUCGCUGUCCGAGCCUUCUUGCUUGCGCUUCGGCUGGAG